AUGUGGCCCACUUCAGCCCCUCUGAACGCCUCGGUGAGUCUUGGGGGCCAGACGUGUCUCGACGCGGCUCGCUUGCGCUCACACCUCCUUCGCCGGCCCUCGAACAAGUUUUGGGCAUCCGUCACCGACGAGAUGCUGGCUAGACCGUCACUGAUAGACGCAUUCAGGACUCGCCAAGGUCGCAACUCUCCAAGAACCAAGCCUUUUCCGAGCGAUGAGGCCAGACAGGCUCAAGUGUGCUACAUGAGGUCCGGCAGCUCAGUCACUGGUCAAAUGUGUCCUCAGGGCUAUGGCAGCGUUCAGAGCUAG